AUGGGACAUGCAAUAUUUAUUUUUGGAUCGGCAGGAAGUGGUAAAUCAACUUUUUGUAAAAAGCUUACCGAGCACGGAAAACUAAUUCACAGACAAAUUAAUGUGGUAAAUUUAGAUCCCGCACAAAUUGGAGAAAGUCAUGAUUACAUAAUAGACAUUAGAGAUUACAUUACAACAGCAGAUAUUAUGGAAGAAUGUGAUUUCGGGCCUAAUGGUAGUGUCAUGAUUGCUUUUUCGGAGUUAUACAAUAAUAUAGAUGUUAUAGAUGUAGAAGAUCUAUCAAAUGAAUACCUUGUUUUUGACUGUCCUGGUCAAAUUGAGCUAUUUAUGCAUUCUAACGAUUUUCUAAAUAUUGUAGAAUAUUUUUCUAAAUUUUUUAGAAUAGGAAUAUUAUAUUUUAUAGAGAGUCAAAGUAUUAAUGAUGUAGGUAAAUUUCUAGGUAAUAUUUUGUGUGGUUAUAUUUCUAUGUCAAGGUUUAAUGUAUUUAUGUCUUUCGUUUUAACAAAAGUAGAUCUAAUUGGCAAAGAAACAGUUGAAGAUUUUUUAGAGACUUUGAAUGAUAAGUGUGACGAAAAUUUAUUGUAUAAUAAGAUUUUAGAUCUGGUUAAUAUUGAUUUUAAGCUUCUUGAUUACAGUGAUGAAGAUAGUAUUAAUGAUUUAUUGUAUUGGAUUGAUAACAAUUUACAAUAUUUUGAUGAUCUAGAUGUCCAAAAAGAUGUUGAAUAA